AUGGAGGCGGACCUCGCCGAGUGGGAGGCCACCAUCUCGCCACCUGCCAGGGACGUGCUCGACGAAAUGCACGUGAAGAAAAGUGAUUUGUAUGAUGGUCGGCAUAUGUGGGGUUUUACGGUGAAGGACAUAAAAAACAUGAAGGUGGAGAAAGUUUGGGAGGAAAGAGACGAUGAUCUUAACAAGCUUCUGCAAUUCUUCAGGGAGUGUAAGAAUAACGAUGAGUACUUCUACUGGGAUGUGGAUGCAGAUCCAAAAACUAGGGUGCUGAAAAACAUAUUCCGGAGCCAUGCAAGACAGAUGGCUGAGUACAGAGACUUUGGAGAUGUCAUUACAUUUGACACGACAUACAAAACAAACAGCCAGCACAUGCCACUAGCCAUGUUUGUUGGGGCAAACAAUAACUUGAAGAAUGUAACAUUCGGGCAAGUGUUGAUUGGUGAUGAAUCAACUGGAUCAUUCAAGUGGUUGUUUGAGACCUUCAAGAGCUGCAUGGGUGGUCGGCAGCCUCAUGUGAUCCUAACAGGUGAGGAUCCAGCUAUGAGGCAAGCAAUAGGGAUGGUGUUUGAUAGAACACAACAUAGAAACUGUCGCUGGCACAUCCUGAGGCCGUGGGAGUAUGAGCUGGACCAGCUGUACAUCCAACACAAGAAUAAGAAUUUGAAAGAAAGAUUGGAAUCUCUGAUAAAUUAUCCACUUGGGCCAACGCAAUUCGAGAUCGAAUGGAUAAGGCUAGUUGAUGAAUGUGGCAUUGCUGAAAACCCCGCAAUAAAAGCCAUGUGGGAUAAGAGGGAGAGGUGGAUAGCAGCUUAUUUCAAGGGGAUGUACUGUGGGAGAAUGACAUCGACACAAAGAUCUGAAAGCCAGAACAUGGUCCUUAAAGAUGGCUAUGUUAAUGAGAGUACAAGCCAGCACGUGUUUGCUAAAAGGAUGUUGUACUCACUUCAACAUGCAGACCACAUGGAUGCCGGCGAGACACACUACGCCCAGGCUGUGCUAGUGCGAGCAUGCAAAGCAAAGUUUGAUAAUCAGCUAAGCAGGGUGUACACAAGGGCUGUAUACCAAGAGUACAAGAAGCAGUACAAUAACAUCACAACAUUUGUGAUUGAGCCUAAUCCAGAUCCAAGAAUAAGGGAGCUGGUGAAUACAGCUGUUAAUACAAACAGUGGAAACAUACAGGUUAGGAAGAUACCAGAGAAAUACAUACUAAAGAGGUACACUCGUGAUGCAAGAGAAGAAGUUAUGUGGGAUAGGCACGAUGGUGUGCGGAUCGGUACACAAACAAGCAAAGAGCAGUGCAGGAUGUCGAAGCUGCUACCUAAACUGAUGAGGCUUGGAAGAGCGGGGAGUAAGUCAGACCAUGCUUAUGAAGAAACCAACAGGCUGCUGGACAAGAUUACUUCGGGCAUUGAAUUAUUUCCGAGAAGUGUAGAUGAUGAAUCAUCAGACCCUGCCCCAUCAACAAAUGGGUCAGCUGUAACAUCUGGAGGUGUUGACACUGAUUCACCGCCGUCAUCAGCCCUGUUACAUGCUGGGGUGUUGCUAAUUGAGCCACCAGUGUCUCGCACAAAAGGCCGGGGGCCUGGAAAACAAAAGAAAAAAGAUGUUGAGGCUCCACUUAAUGGCACGCCACUAAGCACAUACACAAGGGCGAACUAUGGUGAUAGGGAAUGCAACAGCUGUGGGGUCCGAGGUACGCUUUACAGCACAACAUGCCCAAUAAACCCUGAUCGAAGCAAAUCAGCAGAAAUGCGUGCAACCAAGAAAAGUACCAAAAUAAAUGAUGGCCCCCCGAGGAAGAGAGGACGGCCAAGGAUCGUGAAGGAUUUGCGUGAGGGAGAUGAUCUGGAUAAAGAUGAAUGA